AUGCCGAGACAAAUCCGUCCUCCAAUGGUCGACUCCAGCUCUUCGGAGUCCGAUUUUGUAUGCCCGAUGAUGGCAGCUCUCGACGAAGGAAGCCUUACGGUCUCGAAGACCCUGAGUGAAUUCAGGAAUUUCUUCGACCUCAGGACCGACGUGUGGGACAAAUUUCGAAAGGAACUCAGAAGUUUUGCACUUGAUCAGUAUUCUUUGGAUGAUCUAAAGGAUCAAGAGAGCGCCCGCAUGCAAGCCGCCGAGGAUUUUCUUGAAGAGAAUGGAGAGAAAUAUUGGGGUACUUCGGAGAAUCGAAAGAAAUAUCUUGACCCCAAGGCCUUGCAGCAGAGUCCCGUCUACAUGUGCACCUAUCCCAAGAAAAAGGAGCCGUGA